AUGAAAGAGAAUAGGGCAUUCCCGCGACAGAGACGGAGUCUGCAUCGGCGUCAUUUCAUACGCGUUUUUCUUCUCCUGUCGGUGGCGUCGUUUGUGUACUUGGAGUUUAUCAGGACUCCUAAAGAGUGUGGCGCGCCACCUCCUGUCGAUGACUACUCUGAUGCGGAAGCCGUCGACCGCGCGAGGGGUACUGCGCCUUCCCAGAGUGCCUUGUACGAAGAGGAUAGCGCACUUUGGGGCUUUACAGGCGGUAUCGAAAGCCUUCUCGAGGGCGUUGUCGCGCGCAAGUACUGGGGGCCUGCCAUGAUGGCAGACCAUGAAGGCUCACUGGACGAGUGGACAGUCACAAAUGUCAGCUGCACACGACUCACCUCGCUAGGUGUGACGGAGGAAGAGAUGAGGCGGCGCUACGUGAGACACCGCAAGGUGAAGGACCUCACAGGGUGUGAUGCCCUCUCCGUCCCUUUCAACCCCCGUCAAGACCGGCGCUGCAUUAAUUUCAUGACAAACUCCUCAAACUGGGGAGAGCUUGUGCCGAUUUCGCAGUCCAUGGAUCAGCGUACUAUUAAGUUUGGAAUUGUUUUUAAUUCCAUUCGCGAUGCAAGUGGUGAGGUGAUCCAACAACCAUUGGAAACCAUCAUAAAAGUGCCGCAGCGCCUUUUUCCUUUAGAGCCAGUGGGAGAGGUGGCGGCGUUUCAUGCGGAUCGCCUCCUACUGACGCAUCGUGUACCACCCACCGGCUGGGCGUGUUUACCACUUUCGAUGUUUGAGGCCAGUGUGGCAAAGUACAAGCAUCUUGUGGAGACCAACGCGGAAUUCCUUCGAGCCUCUGGCGUCGCAAGCUAUGAGGAAUGGGUGAGGAAGGAUCUCUUUGACUACGUGCCUCACAGCCAGUUUUUGGUGCGUUCCACAAACGGCGACGACUGCAUAGCUGUGUCUAUUCAACUUAAAAUUGCUGACGUGGGUCACUUUUUGUCUAGUGUGAUGCGCAUUCCCUACAACCCUCACAGUGACACGUGGCAUGCUUUCUUUGACAUCAACAACCUCACGGGCGAGGAUGUGGUGGGCUUCAUUCGGCGGAGGAGCUACGCCGGUGUUCUCCACUUGGCCACGUUGAGCAUGUUUGACUACGUUGUGGGAAACCUGGAUCGCUCACCGAACAAGAACAACUUCGUGGUGGGCGCGACGCGUGUCAGCCCAACUGCAAGCAACAACUUUAUGCUUCACCCAAAUCACCCCACGUUCGUGUACCUUGACCAUGGCAUGACUUUCUACCGCCGACGUCCACGCCGGAAUCCACUCACAACUUCAUAUGCAGCCUUCAGGACGAAUGGAACGGCUACCUUUUGUCUCUUUAACGGCCCACUACUGCGGCGUAUUCGUGAGUUGACGCAGUAUACUGGCGGUCCGAGUAAUGAGACUGUGUUUGCCUGGAGGAUGAAGCAACGUCUUCCAAGGCGUAUCUAUCGCACCGUUGGGGAUGAAGGACUCCUUUACUGCUCCAAGCGUGGCAGUGAGAUAUUAUCGAUGGCGGAACAUUGCUUGAAGAAUGAGCGUAUCCGCCCCUACGUUCUCUUCCCGUGA